AUGACAACGAAUCCCAUAUUAGUGUUGCUGUCGGUGAACACGUUGUGUCCGGAAGUGGAGGACUAUUGGCUGCCAAUCCCUCCCGACUUGAAGACAAUGAGUCAUUUGAAACAACAUAUACUGAUCACUGAAUCAAUCGGUGGAUCCGCCGAUGAUAUCGGUCUGUAUCUCGAAAAUGGUUUACUUCGGGACAACACAUCCAUCGACUGUCUUCGAGGCAGAGAUUAUAUUGAAAUCCGUGCAAAACCUGCGGCCAAACGUUGGAUCAACUCUUCGGCGGACAACACUUGCGAGCAAAAGAGGCGCAAACGUGUUGACAAUGAGUGCGUAACUAUCGAUGAUUGCGAUGACACGUGUGUUGGCAACGGAUCCGGUGUUUCGACUGCCAGAAGAAUUGAUAGUUUGUCUCAUAUUUUAUCGGCGAAGACAACCAGAGAUACGGUCGCAGAAGUGAUCGAAAGUGUAAUAGAGAGGCAGCGCUCAUCUGAUCCAAUGGAUAGCCAAUCACAAGCCAGUGGUAAUGACAAUGCAUUAUAUGAUGUGACGGGUAUCGACUUCGGUUGUCACCCCAUAACUGAUCCCUCAGAGACAGACAGUGAUUCGUCGGUCUCUUUAGCGACUUCAUCUGAAUCUGAAUCUCUGAAUGUGAAUCGCGUCCGACUGUCACCCGAAGAGACUUUGUGUUCAGAAGUGGAGGACUAUUGGCUAUCAAUACCGUCUGAACUAAAGACAAUCAAUGGUCUCAAACGGUUAGUUAUGAUCACUGAAUCGAUGUGUGGAUCCGGCGAUGACAUCGGUCUGUAUCUCGAAAGUGGUUUACUUCGUGACAACACAUCCAUUUGUGAUGUCCUUCGAGACAGAGAUCGCAUCGAAAUUCGUGUGAAACUCGCGGCCAAACGGAGGAUCAGCUCUUCGCUGGACAACACUUCUGAGCACAAGAGGCGAAAAGGUUCUGGCAUUGAGUGCGCAACAAUCAAUGAUUCGGCGGACGAGUCGCUGGACAGCGGAUCUAAUGUCUUGUCUUUGGAAAGGAAUCAAAUCCAACGCAACGUUACAUCCGCUGAAGAAUCGACACUUCAGUAUUUAAGUGAUAUGCAAAAGAAUGACUCAUCGGAUCCAAUGGGCAUUCAAUCAAUAAUAGCCAAUCAAAUUCGACAAAUAAGAACAGAUUCCUCCGCAUCUGUUGCCACCAAUUAUUUCCAAUCGGUUGGAAAAGUGGCCAAAAUAUCGGACAUUAAUCGCGAAAGCGAUGUCAAAGUUGACAACAAAUUAGAGAAAAGUGAGAACAAAGACAACGCAAAGUCAGCGCCAGAAGUCAAUGGCUGUGAAUCUCGGGGAUCAGCCACUGGUCAGCACAGUCUCUACCAUUUGACUGAUCAUAAGCACAUUUCAUUUGAUUCAAUGUAUAAUGCAUUUAUGAAACCAACUGAUUGGUUGCCACCACAGCGUUCCUCUACGCCAUUGGCCCCGAAGAGUUGUGAUGCGCGUGAGAAACGGAUGGAAAUCACUGCGCCGAUCGGUUCCAGCGAAUCCGUGGCCCAGCCAUCAGUCGCUGUCUACCGGUGCGAUUGGCCCGACUGUGGCUACACUACCACUGAUGGCCAAUGGAAGUUAACCCGCCAUAGAUCUGGUCAUUUGAUUGCCAACCGAUUCAAGUGCGCGAUCGUUGGUUGCGACCAAACCUUCAGAUAUAAGUGGCAGAAAAACAAACAUCACCUGAUAGUACAUCCCAAUGACUUUCCGUACAUACCGUGGAUCAGGUGUCCGCAAAAUGGCUGCAGUUAUGCAGUUAAACGCCAUUCAGAUAUGAAUAAGCACUUGAAAAUACAUUUUAACACAAGACACCACAUCCGCACCACAAGAAUGUCAUCCAAUUCAUUGUCUAUAUCGGUGUCAGUAAAGGCGUUGCGUCCAAAAGUGCUCUAUUGGUUCACAUUUACAAUACCUCCGGCCGUGAAGACCAUCACUCAACUCAAACAAUAUAUACUCGCCAUUGAAUCCAUUGAUAUAAACUUGGAUGACGUCGAGCUCUACCGUAACGACGGCCCACUCUGUGACAACUCAUCCAUCGGUGAUGUCAUUCGAGACAACGAUUUCAUUAAAAUAAUGCCCAAAUGUGGCGAUAAAAAGCUGAACAACUCAUCGCUGGCCACGUGUUGCAUAUGUCUGGACCCGUUUGACAGUCGCGGCGGCGCCGAAGACAGGACGAUGUGGUGUAACCAUCGGUUCCACAAGAGUUGUAUCGACCAGUGGCUGGAAAAGCACAUUAUGUGUCCGCUUUGUAGGCAGAGUUUGAUCCCACAGUUGUGUACUGAAGAGGUCUUCACACGGAGACGGUGGCCAACGGUUACUCCCGGCCGAUACUAUCGCUCAAAUCAUUAA